AUGGAGGGAGUAGAGGCAACUGGCAAGAUGGACGGCGUCGUGGAGAAAGGUACACGUCAGUCGGAAGGUACCCACGUAAUUUUUGAAAAUGAGCCCAGCCGAGAUGUUUUCCGAUACCGCAAACUCCCAGCGGAAUUGAGGACGAUGAUUCUCGAUGUCCGGUCUUUCGACGAGGCUACACAGAGCCGCGACAUCCAGUUCCUGAGGCCUGAUGGGUCCAUCGAGUACGAGACCACAGUGAGGAUUGAGGUUGACAUGGGCCUAGGAAGGGUUCCCAGAUUGCUCUGCGAUGAGUUUCUCGCGCUCGACAAGAUUACCUGCCGAGAAUUGCUAGAGAGAGCAGCAGAGAAAGUCACCUUUAAGCCGGUCUCGCCACUGGGGCUAAAACAAUGGUCCAGCAAGAUGGCCUCUAUGUCUGUCAUCUGUGGUCUACCGCUGGGAACCCGGUACAAUGUCGCCGUCGACUUCACCGUCGACAUGGGGAUCGCGCAUCAGAGGGCUCUUAAAAGAUUCCAACGGACGGAUCGUUCGCACGGAUUCGAGCAGAAGACGCAUGACCAUAUCCGGAGAUGGCUAACUGCGAUGGAGUCCACCACUGAAAACACCGCCUUCGUCCUGGUCUUCCCAGCGAUGUGGCGAGACUUUCGAGGCCUGCGUGGGCUGUUUCGAAAAUCAGGCCUGACCUCCCGCACUCUACGCUUUCACUUUUUGACGCCGUCUAUCCCACGCAAGGAAACCCGAUAUUUGCAACUGCAAACCAUGGCGGCCGCCCAGGACAUCCAAGUGACAGGCGAUGGGACGUUGGGAGAAGAAUGGCGGGCUCGUCUGGUUGAUGAAGGAUGCCGGGGUUUCGGUGACUUUGGUUCGGAAACCAUUGUGGCUCUGGAUGCAUGA